GAUUCACUACACACAUACAUGACAGUCACCACUUCUACCCAUCGCAAGCUGUCUCACUCCCGGAACACCGACGAACAAUUCCAAGCCUUGGAUCGCGCCUUGGCAAGGAGAUAUGUCUUUCGUCUGCUUCACGAACAAAGAUCGCGUAGAAUCCAAGAGCAACCUCAAGGGGACGUGAUAUUCAGACCAAGAGUGGAAAUAUGUGAUGACCCAUCUUCCUCACGUAUCACUGCCACACUUGAACUUCCUGGCAUGAAAGCAGACGAUGUGCGAGUCACACUUGAGCGCGACAACCUUCUCGCUGUUUCGGGGGAACGCGUGUCCAAAGCACCUUCCGAUCAGUUCAGGUCUGUCAACUUUCCUGUGAGGGAGAUCAAGUACGGAAAGUUUCUUCGUACACUGGAUGUUCCAUCCGGUACAAUGAUGAGUACCAUAUCAGCGGCAAUGAGUGAUGGCAUGCUGCUUGUAUCAUGGCCACGUUCUCCUCCUGGCGCCAGAACCCGUUCUCCGCAGUGAUCGUUUCGCCACGCUGUAGCAUCAUGUUCUACCAUAUAUAUUCUUCUGGACUACUCUCCCAACUCCUACAUUAUGAUUUGUAUGCUAUGCACAACUUAUAACCGUAGAUGGGUUUCUGGUUAAUACACGGGACAGGGGUUAAUUGUCACUAUAGAUAUCUUCCACUAAUCAUGCUUCUUGCUGCAAGUUUGAUUGCCGUCUUAUAAUGACCCGUGGACUUAUGGUAUACACCCGUACGUAGAGUCACCGUUCCUGUGUUGUAUGAUAACACUGGAGGUGCCUCAUUGGCAGAUCACGUACUCGUUUGUGGCAGAUUCAGACUAACAAUGUAUCAGUACCAUC